UAAAUUCGACUGCGCGAGUUGUCAGAGAAUUGUUUUGGUGGAUGAAAGACAUUGACAUUGGGUACUUGAUGGGGUAAAGAGACAUAGACAGUGCAAAGAGAAUGAUAUCCUUCUGGUAGAUCCAGGGACUGCAUGGGAGGCUUAUUGCACCUUUUUGAUUUCAAUCAAGGCAGCAUGGCCAGGAAGCUUUUUGUGCAUAAGAAACAUGAUGGUGGCCUUGAUGCUCCACGAAAUAGCUUGGAGAUGCAAGUAGAAACUUCUCAGAGCUAUUGUGACAUGGGAGAUUUGCCGGUGAAAGAAGUUGGUCCCAAAAAGAAUUAUCCACUUGAAAGUUCAAUGAAGAAAUUGAUCAAUGAGGAAAUAUCCAAACGCUCAAGUACCAGGCACAAUGGACCAAGCAUUGUGGCACGGCUUAUGGGGAUGGAUAUGUUGCCAGUGGAUAUAAAAUCAGCAGUUCAGCCAAUUGAGAAUAAACAUGAAUAUAGGAGAACAAAGUCUUCAAAGAAGGAAAUGAAUGGAAAGAGCUCAGUUGAUCAUGUCUCUUCAGACUUAAAUUCAUCCAGAGAGUUGGAUCUCAAUUCAUUCUAUCAAAAUAAUGGCACAGAGGAUGCUGGAUGGUGUGAAGAUCAGAAAGUUGGAAAACCAAGGCGUGAAGAGCAUCCUCAAGAGAAGGAACUACAGAAGUUCAAGAAAGAAUUUGAAGCAUGGCAAGCUGCCAGGUUUAAGGAAUGUUCAAGGAUUAUCGAAAAUGACAGCAUAUCAGGAGAGUUGCUUGCUCAAGAGCAUCUCAACAAGGAAAAGACAGCAGUUUCUGCAAAAUCCAAGCAAAUGACAAUUGAGAAGACUAUGGAAAGAAUAGAUCACAGUGUAAAAGAAAUCUCACACAAAAGAGGUGUUUCGUCACAUCGUGUAGAUGCAAUGGAUUUAUUCCCAUCUGAGUACACAAGAUCUUUAUCUUCAAAAAGCAGAACCAAGAGCUUAGACUUUGAGCAAUCCUCCUUGUUGAAUUCCAGGAAGAGAGUGAACAUAUCUUCAACUCCUACAAGGAUAGUUAUCUUAAAACCUGGUCCUGAUAGCUUUUGCAACCAUGAAGAGACUUGGAUCAAUUCUCCAAGCACUUUAGAUCAGAGGGGUAGUAUAGAAGAUUUUCUCGAGGAGGUGAAGGACCGACUGAGAUGUGAACUCCAAGGGAAGGUGCAUAAAAGGGGUUCAGUUGUCCGAGGAAGUGGAAUUGAGACCCCAUUUAGUGAACAGCCAUCUGAUCGAUCAGAAUCAACAAGAUCAUACAGAAGUGAAGUUCAAUAUGAUAGAGCAGGAUCCCCAGAAUUUAUACAUAGAGAUACUAGAAGGUUCCUGUUAGAGAGACUAAGAAAUGUUUCAGAAAGAGAGACCGGAUUUAAUUCUCCUGUAUUUUCUUCUGGCAGCUACGGGUCAUCUGCACUAGACUAUGAAAGGUUCAAAGUAAAGCAGGUGGGAGAUACUUUGGAAGCUCAAAAAGAUAUGAGUUUCUGGGGAAGGGGAAUGGUGAAAGAUGACCAUGUGAAAACCAGAUCCUUCAGGCAUGGAUCAGAUGACGAUAAGCUGCUGGAUAGAGAAUUGUCCCCUAGAAAUCUCAUUAGGUCCUUAUCUGCCCCAGUAUCCGGAACAUCAUUUGGGAAGCUUCUUCUGGAGAACCGCCACAUUUUGACUGGUGCUCACAUUCGGAGAAAGCAUGAAGCCAUUGAACAUGUGUCCUUGGAUAUGAAGAGUCAGAAGAAAGAAAGGUUCAAUUUCAAAGAAAAGGUUUCCCAUUUCAAAUACAAUUUUACUCUUAAGGGAAGACUGUUUGGAAAAAGAAUUCAAUCAGUGACUGAAUCAAGCCAUACUGAACAUUACCCUGUGAAUGACAUCAGGAGUGGUCCAACAGUUAUUACCAACUCUAGAGAGAGACAUGAUAAUUUCACUGAGGUGCCUCCUAGUCCUGCAUCUGUUUGCAGCACUGCUCAGGACGAUUUUUGCAGGACAGCUGAUUGUCUUAGUCCAGUAUCGACUCCAAAUGCAACUCCAAGAGAUGACAGAUUUGUGCCACAGGCUUUCAGAGACAUCAGCGAUAAUCUAAGUGAACUAAGAAGACAACUGAAUCAACUUGAGUCUGAUGAGCCUGACGAUGCAUCAGGUGAACAAGAAGUGGUCGAAUCUGAAAUGUCUGGACUAGAGAACCCGGCAGAGGUUUACAUAAAAGAUUUGCUUGUUGCUUCUGGUUUGUACGAUGGAUCAUUCGAGAAAUCCUUUUCUAGAUAUGACACGUCUGGGAAACCCAUCAGCCUCUCCGUGUUCAAAGAAGUGGAGGAAUCUUAUAAAAAGCUGGCCAGUGCAGACGAUAACUCAACCAAAGAUCACAAUGGGAAGGUAAAUCACAAGUUGUUCCUUGAUUUAUUGAACGAAGCUCUUUCAACUAUUCUUGGACCUCCAUUAAACAUGUCUAAAUUCAGAAGAAAAGCUAUCAACUCUUCUGCCCUGCCACCUUUACGUGGUAAGAAGUUGUUAGAUUCUGUUUGGGGGAUUAUCUAUCGUUAUGUAUACCCUCCAAAUGAUAAACACUGUCACUCCCUGGAUGAAAUAGUUGCCCGGGAUCUGGGAUCCUCGCUGUGGUCAGAACUGGUGGAGGAAGACGUUAAUAUUCUUGGAAGAGAGAUUGAAACUCUGAUUAUGAGAGAUCUUGUUACAGAAGUUUUGAAUGAUAUGAAGUUUUGAUGGAGUGCAAGGUUGAAACGUUUUGUUUUCCAGUCUGAGUUAGGAAAGAGUGGCGUAUAUAAUGAAAUGAUAGAAAGUAAAUACAUGAUUUACAUGGUAUCCAAAACUGUGGAUUUCCCAUGUUUGUUUGAUAUAGCUGAGACUUGAGAGUGUGCAUGUAUAUAUGUUCAUCUGUGUGGUUUGCUGAUAUCUGAUAUAGAUGGGAAAUGGGUUUUGAGUAGUUGGGGGUUAUACAGUGUACAUUUAGUAACAUGUAUGUUUACUUUUCCAAUCAUUCUGUUGACAGUAAAAAAAGGAAUUCCUCCCC